UCCAAGAUGGCGGAGGUGAGCGGGUUGAGGAGCAGAAAUCACUUCGAGCCCAACUGCAAAAACCGGGUCGGCGACGAAGGCUUGAGCGGCGUGGAAGAUGUCCCCAUUUUUCGGCCCAAGAAGAAGCCUCCGUUAGCCAGGCCCGAAGACCUGGAGGAUGACUUGCCUCCCAGGACCACGGCCUCAAACUCGGGCAAAAAUGCCGUCCUCACCCUCUCAGCAAAUGAAGAGAUUGAGGAGGAAGAGGCUGUGGUCGAGGAGGAAAAAGCCAGGCCCAUCCAGAUCGUCCUGGCCAACGAAGAUGAGCACAGCUUCGAGCUGGACGCUGCCGCGCUGGAGAAGAUCCUGCUGCAGGAUCACGUGAAGGACCUGAACGUGGUGGUCGUGUCUGUGGCCGGAGCUUUUCGCAAGGGCAAGUCCUUCCUGCUGGACUUCAUGCUGCGCUAUAUGCACAAUCAGCAGGGUGACUCCUGGAUGGGAGGCGAUGACGAGCCCCUGACAGGCUUCACCUGGAGAGGAGGCUGCGAGAGGGAGACCACAGGAAUCCAGGCCUGGAGUGAAGUCUUUGUGGUCGACAAGCCUGAUGGCAGCAAGGUUGCUGUGCUCCUCGUCGACACUCAGGGAGCGUUUGACAGUCAGUCCACCAUAAAGGACUGCGCUACCGUGUUCGCCCUCAGCACAAUGACCAGCUCUGUGCAGGUGUACAAUCUCUCCCAGAACAUCCAGGAAGACGACCUGCAGCAUCUGCAGCUCUUCACAGAAUACGGCCGGCUGGCAAUGGAAGAGAUUUACCUGAAACCUUUCCAGUCCCUGAUGUUCCUGAUUCGGGACUGGAGUUAUCCUUAUGAACACGACUAUGGACUGGAAGGAGGCAACACUUUCCUGGAGAGAAGGCUGCAGGUUAAACAGAACCAACACGAAGAGUUGCAGAAUGUGAGGAAGCACAUUCACUCCUGCUUCUCCAACAUCGGCUGCUUCCUGCUGCCUCAUCCUGGGCUCAAGGUGGCCACCAACCCCUACUUCGACGGCAGGCUGAGAGACAUCGAUAGUGAUUUUAAAAGGGAGCUGGCCAGACUGGUUCCUCUCCUCCUGGCCCCAGAACAGCUGGUGGUGAAGGAGAUCGGAGGCAACAAAGUCACCUGCAGAGAUCUUCUGGAGUACUUCAAGGCUUACAUAAAGAUCUACCAAGGUGAGGAGCUGCCUCACCCCAAGUCCAUGCUGCAGGCGACAGCAGAAGCCAACAACUUGACCGCUGUGGCAGGAGCCAAAGACUUGUACGGCAAGAACAUGGAGCUGGUCUGCGGCGGGGACAAGCCCUACAUCGCCCCGGCCGACCUGGAGCGCUGCCACGAGGAGUUCCGCGGCCACUCGGUGCGUUUCUUCCGCAAUGUGAAGAAGAUGGGCGGCGAGGAGUUCUGCCAGCGCUACCAGAACCAGCUGGAGGCGGAGCUGGACGAAGCCUACACCAACUUCUCCAAACACAACGAUGGCAAAAACAUCUUCUACGCGGCACGCACGCCCGCCACGCUCUUCGCCGUCAUGUUCGUCACCUACUUGGUCUCCGGGGUGACGGGCUUCAUCGGCCUGAGCACCUUGGCGGCGCUGGCCAACCUGGUCAUGGGCGUGGCGCUGCUGUCGCUCUGCGCCUGGGCGUACGUCAAAUAUUCUGGAGAGUUUCGGGAAAUUGGAACGAUGAUAGAUCUGGUGGCUGAAACGCUGUGGGAACAGAGGACGGUCAGAAAGGUGCUUUCCAAACUCUCGGAGCCCGUCAGGAGCCGCCUGGCGUGGCCCGUCUCUCUCCUCACUUCCCUCCCGUCAGGAGCGACGCUGGGACUCAGCGCUCCGCUCAACAACAACUACAAGAAGACUAACUAGCUCCCGGCCCGCUGGUGGACUCACAGACUGUUACUACUCAUAUCAAACACUUCUGCACUUAGCUGGCUUCUUUAUUAUUUUAUUUUUCGGUCCAACGGUGCUGGAUUCUGAUACUUUAACCUCUGGUGUGGACACCUGCAGAACAGGCUCGUCUCAGGAUCUGGAGGACGUGGAGCCUGAACAAACGGUUUAUAAGAAUCUUAUUCUGAUGAAUGUGGAAAGAGAGGUUUUGUUUUUGUUUAAUGGUCUGUUCAGUUGAGGAUGUUGAGCUGUGUGGUGAAUUUGUGUUUCUGUGGUCGACUGCAUCCGGUUUUCGUUCCCUUAUUUGACCUUUUUUUUCCCCUUAACCUACUUUCUUUCAGUGUUUCAGUCUCCUUCAUGGACAGUUUUUAAUUAUAACCUGCUCUCACACGGAACCCUCUUUUGUCUUCUCUCUCCUU